UUGCUAGGAUAUGGCAGGCAACAGAGAAUGCGGCGGGUGUGGACGCUGCUUCCUCGGAGCGGUUCUUGAGAAACCUCUGCGACCCGAGUAGCUCCGUUUCUCAGUCAGGAAAAUGUCUGAUCAGGAAGAAGAAUUUGAUGCUGAGAAUGUUGUGAAUGCAUCAGAAGAAAAUAAAGAUGCUUCUGGGAUUAUCAGUAUUCCACUUCCCUCUGAAGAGUUUCCAGAGUCAGAUCAAGCAGAAGAUAAUGAAUCUGAAGUUGAACCAUCCAGUGAGGGCUAUACAACACAUGCUAAGGAGGAAAGUCACCAGGGCUUAUCAAACGUGGAACCAGAAGAUGAAGAACCACUCAUGGAAGAAGCUUUGUUGCCCAAACAAGUUUCAUAUUUUCCAGAAAGUUCUACAGAGCACUAUCUAACUAAAUAUGAUAAUGUAAUGCAGCCAGCCAAACAGUAUUCAAAGCCUGGAUCUCUGGCUUUUCUGGAUAAGAUAAAGGCUAUAAAGGAAUCUCUGAAAGCAUCAGUGAACAAUCCUUUAGCAACAGUAAAAGUUGUACUUUUUCCUGUGGGCCAGGAAAUUAUAAUGCCUUUUAAAAUAGAUAUCACUAUAAAAUACCUCAAGGAUCAUUUUUCGUAUCUACUAAAGAUCCCAUCUAAUAUACUGCAGAUAAGAUAUUCAGGAAUGAUUCUUAAAAAUAAUGAGACUCUACUGCAACAUGGAGUUAAGCCACAGGAUAUUGUACAAGUGGAAAUUUUUUCUACAGAUCCAGAUCUAUUUCCAAUCAAAAGAAUACAAGGAUUAAAUGAUGCCUCUCAAAUCAUAACUGUCAGAGUACAAACUGGCAUUACUGAGUACCAGGAGGUAGCUGUUGAGAUUAUAAAAUCUGACUUUCACAAACCGUUUCUUGGUGGAUUCAGACAUAAAAUAACAGGAAUAGAAUAUCACAAUGCUGGAACACAAACUGUACCUAAAAAGAUUCCCAAAAAAGACAAUGUAUUUUGUAGGGAUACCCAGACAGUUCUUCAGAGAAAAAAGUUCCAACAGACUACAAAUACAACAUCCACGCAGAUGACUAAAAUUGGUGUGUAUGUAUCAAACAUGACUGAUAAACUGGUAACACCAGGAAAUUAUUUUUCAGCAGCAGAAUACCAUGCUCAAAGACUACAGUCGGUAAUAGUGCUACAGACUUACUAUAGACAAUGGCAUGCUAAAGUUGUGGUAGAGAAUUUAAAAAGACAGAAAAUGUUAAGAUUCAAGUGGGAAGCAGAGGAAGAAGUAAGGAAAACACAAGAAAAAGAGGAAUGGAUCAAAUUGGACUACUACCGGAGGCAUAAUCCUCAAACAAAAGAAGAUUUUGAGCUUCUUUAUAAUGCCCUGGAACUCUGGAAGCAAGAAGAAUUUGUACGCAUUAACCAGUCUUUCACUGGAGCUGAAAGGAAAGCUGCUCUAUGCGAACUUCUGGAGAAAGAGACCCAGAUAAUUGCUUCCGUUGGGAGGCAUAGAUACAUCGCAUACAUGGCAAACCGGGAAGCAUCAAUACAAGCUUUUUUGGAUAAGUGUUCAGCUCCAAAGGUAUGGAGAACAUUGAGUGGCAAAAUAAUUGAGAUGGAUACACAGUUUACCAUCAGAGCCAGAGAGCUGCAGAACAUCUAUAAGUGCAUUCUACUGAAAAAUAUCUCUCAAGAUGAAAGGCUGGAUGUACUCCUAACGCUUAAACAUACUGUGAAGGAACAUGAAUGUAAACUGACUCAGGAAAUUCUAGAAUUGAUUGACAGAGAGGUGGACCUUAUAAUGAGAGGAGUCAAACAUUGUAAUCUUGAAGGACUCAGAAAAAGAAUUGCAACACUCUUUUUUCAUUACAUCAAAACACCUCUAUUUAAUCCAGAAGUUGCAAGACAUCUUAAGGUCCCUCCAGACCCAUUGAAGUUUUAUAAGAAGAUUUAUUUUUGCCACGGUUGCCAGCUCUAUUUGCCUUCCACAGAGUUUGCCGUCUCAUCCACCUUACACCGCAUAUACCGGUGUCGUCACUGUAUUAACCUUGACAAUGAGACUCGACAACGAGAAUCAUUUUUGAAGUACAAAUGUCUACUUCAGCGGCUCUACUAUUCAGAAGCUGAUUAUGAAGAUGAUUCCAAAAUUGCUUUCCUGAUCCAGCUACAAGAUAUUCAGUACCUGGUAGAGAACAUCUGGGCAUCGCAGUCAGUGCUUAGCGCCUGGAAGGAUCUCAAUGAUCUGGUCAUGGUCAGGUGGGAUAAGUCCUUGGAAUGGUCCCCCUGGAACUGCAUUCUUCUUACCAAAGACGAAGGUGUUGCUCAUCUCAAGCUAACAAGUAUUGAAGAGGGAUAUGAACCCUUGUUUAUUCACAAGAUCAAACACAAACAUAUCCUGGCUAAGAACUAUUUUUCUCAAAUUCCAGUGCUGGCUUCAUAUUUACUUGGUGAUGGUGAGAUAGAUGAGAUCCAAAAGAAAUAUCACUCAGAAACAACUCCUAAGAUUAUAGUGUCCCAGAGGCCUAGUCCCUAGAAGAUCCAGGAGUAUUUGAUGAUCAGCAUUUUUGUCCACUGCUAAUAGAGGAAUACAGAGGCUGUACAAUAUGGAAAUAGAAUUUUAUCUUUUUAUUGAUUUUAGUUGUUUUUUGUUUCUCGUAGUAUGAUAAGUUUAUGAAGACAAAACAUCCUUAUAUAAAUGUUUUAUUAUUAGACAUUUAGUGAAAAUUGAAAUACAGUUUAGUUCCUGAAAGUAAUAUUUUAAAGUAAAGAGAACAUUUUAUUUUUCAUAUUUUCACAAUUAAAAUUUUUAGA